AUGCCGCAAGGAGGCGUGCCUCGUGCAUUUGGAGGAUUUGGCGGAGCCGUAGCCUCGCCAGGACCUGGCAAUGUCAAGCGCACCAUUUGCAGCUUCUGGGAGCAGGGCGUAUGCUCAAGAGGAUCACAAUGCACUUGGGCACAUGGUGACCAAGAGCUGGGCGCUCCGCUUCCUGGAGGCACUCACUUGCGCUUUGCUCCAGCCACUUCACUUGCGCUCGCGGCUCUCGGGGGCAAGGCGCCGUCAAGUCCCGGCAAAGGUGUCACCCAUUCUUUUGCUCAAUUCGGUCUGGGCAAAGUCUUCAAGACCAAUCCUUUCGAGGUGCUGGGAAAAGGAAAGGGACCGGCUUUCGCGAGCUGGAAAGGUGAAAAGGGAGCUGCAGAGCAACCCCUGAAAAAGACCAUUUGCAAGUUUUGGCUGGAGGGACAGUGCACGCGUGGUGACAGCUGCACGUGGGCGCAUGGCGAGGAGGACUUUGGCGAGAAGGUCCGAGUGCUGCGACGGCUGACGGCAAAGAAGCCCCGGCACCCGACGGCCUUUCUUCGCCUGGCAGAGGCGCUGCAGCGGGCGCAGAUGCGGAGGGACGAGGCGGCUGUCGCCUUGAAGAGACAUCUCGAGAUAGCGGAAGAUCUUCGCGGCAGGGGGGCUGAUGAACGGCACUUACGCAUAGAGCUGGCCAAACACUUGCUGAGCGUGGUGACUCGGUCUACUCCCAAGUCGAUCUCAAGAGGCUACGUCUCUUGCUUAUUCGACCGCUUCUCCAAAACCUUCGAUGCAAGUCUGGACAGCUUGAACUACCGGGUGCCGCAGGUUCUGAUGCAGGCUCUUGGAUGGAGCUGGUGGGAGCUUGGUGUCGAGCCGAUGCAAAGGGCUUUGGAUCUUGGAGCCGGCACGGGUCUUCUCGGCGAGCAGCUGCGAGAUGCCGCUCCACGGGCAAUUCUUGAGGGCGUGGACCUGUCUGCGGCCAUGCUUCAGCAGGCGAUGCACAAAGGAUGCUACAACCACCUGCACCACUCUGAUAUGUGUGACUACCUGACUCAGGCACGGAUCACGGAAUUCAGGUAUCGCGGCAUCUCGACUGCGAUCUCCGUUCUGAGCGCGGCAGGUGAAGCGGACGAUUUGCAAGUUCUGGCAGCGGGGAGCCUGCUCUCAGGCCUGGUGGAGGCGUCGAGGCGAGGCUUUGGAGUCAGCUGCCAGGGUUGGGUAGUGACUUGGUGCAGGGAGGAGACAUCAAGCGUCAGCGGCUGCAUUAAGAUGGCCUCGCUGAGAACCGCAGCCUGGCAGACGUCAUGCCUUGAGGCUUCGCCUCUGUUGCUGGCGUCUUUGACCGGCUUGAGCACGGGCGCGCUGGUUGUGUUGUUGAAUGAUUUUGUCCACUCCUUCCGAGACUUUCUCGAGUUGCCGUUUGGAUUCCUUGCUCCAGCUGUGUCUGGACUGCUGGUGAGUCUGCUGCUGGCGGGCCGAGGCCGAGGGCGCGCCUCGGGGGGCUCGGACCUGGCCUCGCUGAAGGCCAGCGGCGGCGUGCCGUGCCGCGACCGCACGGAGGCGCCGCUGCGGGCCUUGGCCGCGGGCCUCACGCUGGCCGGGGGCAACUCGCUGGGCCCGGAGGGGCCGUCCGUGGAGAUCGGUGCCAACGUGGCCGCCGGCCUGGCUGGGCGCCCGAGAGACCAAAGCGACGAAAGAGACGAAAGCGCAGAGAGCGAAGUGGACCGGGCGCUGCGCGUGAAUCUGCUGGCGGCGGGCUGCGCCAGCGGCGUGGCGGCCGGGUUCAACGCGCCCAUCGCAGGCCUUUUCUUCGCCCUGGAGUCCGUCCAGUCUGUCCAGUCCUCAUUGAGCCCAGAGGAGGCCCGAGCCAGGGGUCCGGCCAUGCAGCUCCUGGCAGCCGUGCUGGCGGCCACCGUGUCGCAGCUGGGCCUUGGCUCAAGCCCGGCCGUCGACCUGGACUUCCUGGGCUGGGUGCCAGCACGCUCCUUGUGGGAGCUCCCGGUCUUUAUGCUCCUGGGCGCGACCUGCGGCAUGGUUGCCAGCGCCCUGGGGUUUUGCCGCACGCUGGCCACCAAGGCCUUUGCCUCGUUGGAACAGGCUGGCUGCCCGCGGUUGGCCUUCCCGAUCAUUGCAGGCCUCAUAGUGGUGGCUGUUACCGUGGGUGGCAACGUAGAGGAAGUGCUCUACAAGGGCUUUGACAAUGUGAAUCUAAUACUGGAGGAGGUGGAUGGAUCAAAACGAGCGCCGACCACGCCUUCCAGUGAUCCGAUUCUCCAUUUGUCGCUUUUGCUGGUCGCCAAGGUGGUUCUCACCGCGAUAUGUCAGUCCUCUGGCCAGGUUGGGGGGCUGUUUGCCCCCGCGCUCUUCAUGGGCGCCUGCCUGGGGGGCCUCGCAGGUCGGGUGCUGCGCGACAACUUCUGGCCCUGGGCUCUGAAUCUGCCGUUCCUUCUCGGCGGCAACGGCAUGGACGGCGUGGACGCGCAGGUGACGGCCUUCUCAGUACCGGCGACCUACGCUGUGGUGGGCAUGGCCGCGUGCCUGGGCUCCAUUUGCAGUGUGCCGCUGACUUCCGUGGUGCUCUUGCUGGAGCUGGCAGGGGGCAAGGACUAUGGUGUGGUGCUUCCCACCGUGGCUGCCACAGGUGUGGCGGUCUACGUGGAGGACUUCCUAUCCAGAGGUGGGCCCCAGCUGGCAGUCAACUGGCUGCAAGAGGCAACUAGAGGCGAUGGGGCGUUUUGGAUACGGACUGUGGAGAACAUGCUUGAGCAGGCAGCCUUGAGGUCCGUGCCGCGCAAAGGCUCGCCUUUGGAGCGCGCCAUCCCGUCCAGGGCGGUUGAACUGCAGCCUGGUUGCGUCCCAAAGGUUGUUGCAUCGUCUGUGACCCUGGAGGCAGCACGCAAGCAGCUAAAGCAGCUUGGGCCUGGUGCGCGUUUGGCAGUGGUGGAGACGGAAGGAUCCCCAACUUCGGGGCAGAUGCCGCAGAAGUUGCUUGGCUUGGUGUCUUUGGCAGACGUCGAGCGAGCUAUCAAAGACGACACGUGA